AUGGUAACGUGCGACUACCAAUUUCCACCAAUUGGAUGUCCUAUGCUGAUAAAAGAUUCGACGCUUGAUAGUGUAGGAAGGGAAGGUAUUUUGGAUUUAAUGAAGCAACCAGACUUUACCCAGCUGCCGUCGGUUUCAGUGAUCCCCUUGUACAGCUACGGUUUUGGCCAUUUCGCAUUGACGUUUGACGGCUCAAUUCGUUCAGUGACUUCGACUUCCUUAUUUCGUCGUCUUUGUUGGGCAGCUUUCGAUCAGUAUGAACAAGCAUUGUACUCGAUCGAGCCAUCUGCACUCGAUGUGAAUAGCGAUUACCCAUUGUAA